GUUCAGAUCGCACAAACGUGUGUUGGGUAAAAGAAGGAUGCAGUUCUCUCAAACCCGCAGCAUGUUCCAGCUUGCCUCUUGAAGCAGUUGAGCAGGUUGUCGACUUUGGUGAUCCCGAAAAGUUGAAUCUUCACCUCAAUAAAGGAUGUUACACGGGAGCUAGUGCACUCCAGAAUCAACUGAACAAUGCCCCAGCUUCAUGCAAUGCGCCAUGCUUCCGCAUCAAGAAACCUGGAAAGUACUGCUACAUGGGCACGCGCAAUAACAACUUCUCCAACCGGCGCCAUAUCGGAGUUAUCGAAGUUGUCAGUCCCAAAAAAUCUACAUGAUUUACCUUUCCAUUUGAGCUGCGAUUUAUCCUUGUGAAAUGCGCAUUUUGUAUUGCAAUAUGAACAGCUUGCUCUUAAAAGUAAUUGAUGUGUGCAAAUUCCAAACGUUUGAGAGGUCGACUACAAUAAUAUGACCAGAGGAUGUUUAUGGUUGCGUCAUGUUCUUAGUGUAUUCAGUGUGCGUCGUAUGACUUUUUUUCUUGAGUAAAAUAAACUAAAAAAGGUAAACUUGAA